UGUGCGCUCGUUUGACAUUCGCAUAUGGACUCUUAUAUAAAUAAACAAAAUAAAAACAACCCUAACUGUAACAUAUAUUAAAAGUUAUCUAAAUGAGAAUAUUAAUUAGUGAACGAACAAGAAUAAUAAUUAUAUAUAAUAGAUUAUAUUACUUAUAUCACAAACAAAACUGAGUUGCCAUGUGAAUUAUUGUGACAUACGUUUAUUUUAAAUUUUUUUACUUGUUUUGUAGUUGUAUAGUGUUGAUUGUCAGUGUUUUUAUUUAAUGUUAAAUUACUUAAUAGUGUUAAGCUGUGAGUGUUUGUGGUCAGAUUUUCUGAGUACGAAGCCGUUAAGUUGGCAGCCAUUGCUGCUGGAGUUGAAAAUAGAGAACAUCAUUCGAGAAUUUCGCUUAUCGUUUGGUACGUCAAAGGACCGACCGGGGCAUGGUAUUCCUGGACCACACUUGGAUGGGUAUGGGCGAUCUGAGGCGAGAUGCGAACAAAGUGUAUUAUAGCACCGAAGAGGGUCCGUAUCAGCCUAAACCAGCUGUGCAGAUCACCGCAACAGUCACCACUAAUGCUAAACUAGUGGAUAGAAAUCAGCCGGUUCCUGAAAUUAUCACAACUGCAGCAAGUGCAGCCAGAUUAAUACAGAAGACUAAACAAGAUGCAGGGCCCCAUGUAUCAGUCAACUUUCCCCGCCUGGAUUUUCGCCUUGACUUCGAGUUGGACGCUGAUGAUGAAUCCGGUGGCCCCAACAUUUCUCGCCAGUCGAGAGACCACGACACAGUCGGUGAAAAUGGACCAGAUGAUGAUGAAGUGGCCUUGCUACCACUCAGCAACCAGGUCGGAGGACAUACACGACUGUUGCUCCUCAAUCAAAAUACGGUGAUUAAACCGCUAAACGUCCGCGAAUUGGACUUCUAUCAGAACAUUCCUGGCGAUAUCAAGCCGUUCGUGCCUAAGUACAAAGGAGUGAUGCAAGCGUCCGGAACAAAUGGUGCGAAGCUUGACAAACGCUAUUCGCCUAGUUUCCGGGAAAUGGACGUGCCUGUCAGAAAAAGUUCCACCAGUACGGGAAAAAGAAAACGCGAUGACAUACUCAGGAUGAAAGUACACAGAAAUGGAAAUGCUUCAGAAGUUCUGAAAAGUAUCUCCCAGCUCGAUAAUAGUAAUAAACAAUAUUUUUUAAUGCUGGAGAACAUCACAUCUUCGUAUCGGCAACCUUGUAUCUUAGACCUUAAGAUGGGUACCAGGCAGCACGGAGACGAUGCCUCGGCAGAAAAACGUUCCAAGCAGAUGGCAAAAUGUGCAGCUUCCACCUCUGCCGCCCUUGGUGUCCGUCUUUGUGGAAUGCAAGUAUAUCAUGCUGAUUUGGACCAUUACGUAAAACGUGAUAAAUAUUGGGGAAGAGAAUUAAAUGAAGAAGGUCUUAAAGCUGCUUUAAGGACUUUCUUUUAUAAUGGGUUUCGUCUCAGGACAGAUAUCAUAAAUCGUGUUAUGAAGAGACUUGUACUACUAAGGAAGGCUAUAGAGAGGCAGAGUAGUUUUCGGUUUUAUUCUUGUUCGCUGCUGGUCGUGUAUGAAGGGCAUUCGGACGUUUCUUCUUUAUUAUUACGCAAUAACGAGUAUUUGACGGCUAAUUCUAUGCAAGAUGAUUGUUGUUUCGAACCUGAAUCUAGCAGUUAUGACGGUCCCAGUGGCCCACGUGUUUGCUGCUAUGACGCGGAUGCAUCCAACUCAUCCGCCGAUCUCAAUCUCUCAUCUUCCCAUGAUGAAUUGUCGCAAGAAUCACAUAGAAGUUUUCGCAAAGUGCUUUUAUCCAAAAUGGAGUAUUACGAUGAAGCUUUGUGCGCUGACUCUCACAGCCGCGGUUAUGCUGAUGCCGUAGCACGCGGUACAAAAGACGCUGAUGAUUCUUCUAAUUUCUAUCCAAUUAACGAAGAGACUGUUUUUCCUGAAUCACAUUCCCCAGAAGUCUCAGGCACGAGUCCGAUGUCGAUAGACUCCUGGACAGUAUACUCAGGUAAUUCUAGCGACGACAUGUGUUUAGUGAGAACGGAUAUGCACAGUUCCGAUGAUACCAACUCGGAUUUCGAGCAGACAGAUGUAUAUUUGAAAAGACACCGUAUGGAACUGCCAUUUACGAAUGGAGCUGUAGAUCAUGCUGAUAGUAAUGUUAAAUUAAAGAAAAAACAGAGAAGUAAAGAUGGUAAGAGCUCACAGAAAGCUUCGAGCAAACCUAUCACGUUGAACGUUCAGAACGGAAUCAAACGUAAAAGUUUGCGAAAAACUGCUAGCAGUAACUCCAGCGGAGAAAAGGUUGAUGUUCGAGUUAUUGAUUUUGCCCAUACAACAUUUGUCAAUAAAAAUGGCUCGACGAGCGCUAACACAACUGUUCACCACGGCCCUGACUGUGGGUUCCUUACAGGAGUUGACAGUCUUAGAAGACUACUUCAAGAAAUUUUAGAUGAAGAUUAAAUGUGAUCUCAUAGGGGAUAAAUAAGAAUAAUUAUCUAAGUAAGCGGACGUGUGAAAUUUCAAAUGAGUAUAUGUGUGUUCGGACAUUUUAUAAAAAUGCGAAAUAAAGUUCUUCCUUGUCAGUAGGACACUUGAAUAUAAUAUAUUAAACUUGGUGAUGGAAUAGUAUUAAUAUAUUUUCCAUAAACACUUACGUUUGAUAAAAAGUUUCGGUGCCUCCAACAUAGGAACAAUAAAAUUAUA